GUUGCUGUUGAGUCACCCCUGACUGGUAAUAGCCAGAUAGCGGAAAACAGCUAGAGAUGAUGCUGGAGAGUUCGGCAUCUUUGAACCAUUCCAGAGAGUGAAUAAAUGCGUUUUUCAAUUAGGAUAUCGCCUUGAGCAUUUGUGCUUUACUUUACAAGACUGACGUUUAAUCAAAAUGAUGGAAGAAAUUGACAGAUUUCAAGUACCACCAGUAAAUCCAGAGAUGAAGCUGUUGGAUCCUGCAGAAACGUCCACUUUGGAGGCUGAAACAGGAACGAGAGAAUCAGAGUCAGUCACCAUCAACUACAAGCCCUCUCCACUGCAAGUGAAGAUAGAGAAACAGCGAGAGCUUGCGAGGAAGGGCUCAGUGAAGAAUGGAACUGUGGGUAGUCCAGUAAAUCAGCAGCCCAAGAAAAAUAAUGUUAUGGCCAGAACAAGGUUGGUUGUCCCUAAUAAAGGCUAUUCAUCCUUAGACCAGAGUCCAGAUGAGAAGCCACUUGUAGCACUGGACACUGACAGUGACGAUGACUUCGAUAUGUCCAGAUAUUCAUCAUCUGGAUAUUCCUCAGCCGAGGUGAGAUGUCUAAAUUACCAGCAAAUAAACCAAGAUUUAAACAUCCAGCUGCUGAAGGAUGGCUACCGACUGGACGAAAUCCCAGAUGAUGAAGACCUUGAUCUCAUCCCCCCCAAAUCAGUCAACCCCACCUGCAUGUGCUGCCAAGCCACUUCCUCCACAGCCUGUCAAAUUCAGUAACCCCAGCCUUCCUUGGACCCCUCCUGUCUCAAGCCUGUGAGUUAAACUCACAGUUAGCACCCUCAGCAUAGAAUUAACAACUAAAGAACUUAAAAAAAAAAAACAAUAGAAUGGGUGUAUUAAAAUGAACAUAAAAUAGGGAAAAGUAAUGAAUGAAAAUGCACAAAUACGUAACAGUCUUUGGUUCCUCCUAUGGCAGGACGUGAUUAUCAUCAUGAGAGGGCACUAGAGUUAGGUGUGUAAAGCUGCAUCGAGGUGUGAAUAUAAAUGCAUGGUGCAACAUUAGAAGAAUGCAGCUCUUUUAAAUUGGAACAAAAAUGAACAUUUCACACUACAGUUCUCCCAACGUUUUUGUCUUAGUUAAUCAGGAAGGACCCUUUACAUCAAAUCAGAAAGGUUUUCAUUUUCACUUAUAUAAUACACAUUUAAAAAUGAUUUAAUUUAAAGGGUAAGAGUAUCUUUUGGCCACCCUAAUGAUUUCAUUUUUAUUUAAACUCCGUUUCUGUUUUAUAGGUCUAUCAAAGCAAAAAUCAACAUUUUUUGGUUGCUCUAGAAUAUCUGCCUUUAACUGAUGCUAGGAGAGAUGUGUUUUGUAAUGAAAGGGAGUGUAUAGUGACCAGGUGAAUUCGUUUCUCAGAUCAUUUAGAUUGCAGACGUAUGUAUUAAUAUAUUAUUUGUAGCUUUGUAGCAAACAAUAAUAAAGGGAAUUCUCUUAAAUUGAGAUAUAUAUCGAUACAGAAGACACCAAUCUGCUACGAAAUUGACAGCAGAUUUAAUUAAGUCAGGGAAUUUUAUUGAAUAAUUGAUAUGUGUUUACUAAGAGACUUUAUUUUUUGAAUAUUCUUUUGUGUUCAGUGUUUCGGUCAGUGUUGCUUCACACAAACCCAACAGUUAAACUGGAUUAAAGGAACUUAAAUUUUAGUUUUCAAAGAUAAACGAAAAAUGUACCUCUACAUAAGACACAAGAUAAUUCGAUACAGUUUUCUGAUUAAUUUAAUUUUUAUGAGAAUUAGGAGGGGAGGGGAAGAAAGUUUGUAUUGAUUUACUUGAAGAUAAUAGCAGCUGCCAGAUACAUAUCCCAUAAUCUCUGUCAUUUACCGGACAAAAAAAAAAAUCUAUCAAUUAUGUUUAAUCGAUUUCUGUCCGAAUGCACAAAAUGUGUUGUUUCUUUUAUUUUAAAGAUGGAAAGGUGAUGAAAUGAUUAUAGCCAGCAUUCAAAAUGUUGCCAGAAAUCAAUUAGUCACUUCUGUGAACUCGUUUUUAUAGUCAUUUAAAAGUGCAGUACCAUUCUGUCCGACAUUAAGUUUGGUACUCAGGAACAGGAUACUCUACAUUUUCUGUUUCGCUUCAAUUUGAUGCCUUUCCUUACAAAUGUCUUUAUAAAUGAAUCUCAGCUGUUUGAGUCAAUGGCCAAAUCUAUAUAACUUCUGUCAAAAACAACACUACAACACUCAGAGUAUGAAGUUCUUUGCAUCUAUUUGAAUAUUGUACUGCUCUCUACAGUAUGUCGGUUUUCUUUUCGUCUCGCAACAGUUGUUUGUUUUGUACAACUUACAGAGCACCUUAUCGUCUUAUCGCGUGUACAUCGUCACCCAGUUGCCAUUGCAGGCUGUAAUUACAUGCCAUUUCACCAAGCACGUAACAAUAGUAAUGCUCCAGUUUUCAUCUGAUGUGGCAAAUUAAGAGAAUUUAUGAAGGGAGAUUACAAUGUAGUAGAAUAGUAAUCUAAUUUUAUACAUAUAUACACACACACUACUGUUCAAAAGUCUUAGGUCCAUAGGAUUUUAAUUCUUUCCCAAUAGCUUAGUAUUUUUAAAGCAUUAAUUUGGCAGUGAAGACAUUUAUGGGGUUAAAAUAUUUCAGUUUCAAAUCACUGUUUUUCUUUUGCAUUUUCCAUAAUUAAAAUCCUGAAAAAAAUAAACAUCGUUUCCACAAAAUGUUUUAAUCAGUAUAGUUUCAGCCAUGCCAUAAAAAAAUGAUAGUAUAAUUCAGACAUUUUUUUUUUUUUUCUUGAAAUCUCAAAUUUUUUUCCCAGUUCUGGCUUUUCUUCUCUGAAAGUAUAAAGUCUGAAAUGUGAGAUAAAAAGUCACAAUUAAUUACAUUUUUUAUUUUUAAUCGUGUGGCGGAAACAAGCUUCCACAGUUUUCAUCAUUGCCAUCAAUCAAUUACUUUUUAAAAUAUAUUACAAUAAAAAAAAUAUAUUUUAUGUUGUAAUAAUAUUUCACAAUAUUUCUGUUUUUACUGUAUAAAUUCUUUCUUGGUGAGUAUUAGGGACUUUCAAGAAUCUUGAAAGAUCUAAAUGUAUGAAUUGACAAGCUUUUUGCUUUGGUUAUUGUGGAUCGUUUUGAAACUCCUUCAGAACAGUAUGCUGUUACAUAUUUUCUUUUUACUGUAUUAUUGCGUAUAGAUACAAAAUGCAACAAUGGAAACUCCCCAAACCUAUAUCCCGAAAUGCUUACAUUUUAUUGUUGUAUUAAUAUGCAGGCAAGUAUUUCAUACUCCACUGCCAUACAGAGGUGCAUUCACUCAGUAUUUUUGUGAUAUCACAGUGCAUUCGACACCAGCAUGAGCAUUACACAAAUGUUUUCAUUUACCAAUGCCAAUGUUAUUUUAUUCCAAUGUUGGCCAUGUUUCAGAGUGGUAUGGCCCUUAGCGUAACACAAACCUACAAAAUGCCUGUUCAGUAGACUUACAUAGAUAUGUACAUCGGAUGGCAAGUUCUCUUAAGCCUGCCAUUUCUAAGCUGUCAUGGUACUUACAGAUGACUGACUGAUCUGUGUAGUGAUGAAUGAGGAUGUCUGUCAUCCCCUGUGCCUCUGCUUUGCUUCUUUGGUUCAAGAUAAUCACUCUGUUCUGUAACGCCUAAUAGAUUGUCCAAUUUCUGUUACUUCACUUAAGUAGACUAUGCCUUAAGUCAAGCUAUACAAUGGGUUAUGUUAUUUAUUACCGGUGGUAUGUUUUUAAUAUAUUGAUAUACAGGAUUUUUUUAACAUUUAGUUUUUUGUUCUACUUUCUUUCCUUCAUUUCCACCACUUCUGUUGAUAAACAUGAUUGUGAAGACAUGAACCGUUUCCAUGCCAGUAUUUAACAAUGUUGUUCUGUGUAGUGAAUCAUAUCAGUAAAUACAAUUACAGUAAAUUACAAUUGCACCACC